UUUCUCACGAGUCUGGAGAUCGCUUCUACCAAUGCAGUUUCCACCCCCUCUUUGUCCCAGAGACAGAAAUGAUCGGUCCGCGUUGUUCAGACAGCCAGCAGUUAUGUGACCCGUCCCCUUUAAGAUGAUGUCAGAAAUAAUAAUUUAAUAUUUAAUUUCUUUGUUUCAUGUCGGCGGACAUAUACUUCGGUCGAGCAACAACGUUAGAAAUCAGGGACGGUAGAAGUCGAGCAUCAACCUUUCUGCCAAUACAGCAAAACGGAUUGCUUCCUAAAGUAGGUUUCAGUGGGUGUCAAUGUUGAAGCCCUGCGUUAUCUUCUCUGACAGGACUUUAGUUUCCAGUGCUUCAUAUAACACUACCCCGGGACAGAAGCCUAUAUGUCACAGGAUGGAAUAAUAGCCAAAGCCGGCAGAGAGAAGACGCAUAGGAAGAGUUAAGGGAAUGCGGUGAAAUUUCAACUCAAUUCGUAACUCUUCCCUUUAUCUCCUUCAAUGUUUUGGCUUUACCUAAACGGACGUUGGAAAGUGACAAUGGGCAAUCGUUAACCCAGUGGAUUUAUUAUCAUAUCCGACGACUAUAAUAAUAGUGGAAAGGGAUAUUUCCCAUAUUUCCCAGUCCGUCUAAGAAGUGACCACAGCCUCUCUGGCCCUCAGUCAUGACAUCACCUGCGUCCCCCAUCCCCUCCCCUUCCCCCUGUCCGCCUCCCCCUUCCUCCCUCCCCUCGUCUCCCACUCCCUCCCCCCUCCCACCUCCCCCCUCCCUGACUCCCACAGGGGAGGUGAUGGUCCUGGCCCUGGGGAGGAAGAAGCAGAUGAUGCUCAUCAGUCUCUCCAUCCUGCCCAAUCUCUUCCUGGCCUUCCUUCUCUCCUCGGACGCCCUGCUUACCCUCACCUCACCCCACCACUGCCGCCUCCCGGGACCCUUGCCUGCCGCCCAGAUCCUUAACACCUCCCUGCCCUGGGAGAAGGGGGGCAGAGUGGGGGACAGCGGGGGACUGUCUCAGUGCAAGCAGUAUAUCAACGGUACCCAGUCCGGGGUGGAGAACUGUGAAGCUGGCUGGGACUACAACGUCACAGAAGGAUUGAGGAUUAACAUUGUUACUGAGUGGGAUUUGGUGUGUGGUCAGUACUGGCUGGUUCCAGUCGAAGAGGUGUCCUUCAUCCUGGGCGUUCUGACAGGAUGCCUGGGACUGGGCUUUGCAGCUGACAGACUGGGCAGGUUGAAGACACUACUCACCUCUCUGACCCUCUCAGUGGUAUUUGGCGUGCUUGUGUGCGUCUCUACCACUCCCCCAUUCUUUAUUGUCAUGCGUUUUUGCCUGGCUGCUGCUAGCGCCGGUGUCUACCUCACGCUUUACAUCACACGUCUUGAACUCUGUGACCCCUCACUACGUCUGCUAGUCACCAUGGUGGCAGGACUAACUACAGUUGCUGGGGAGCUGCUGUUGCUGGGUUUUGCUCUGGGUUACCAGUCCUGGAGAGGCUUACUUGGAACUGGGGCUGCACCGCUCUCUCUGUUCCUCACCUAUGGUAUUCCAGGGGUAUUUCCUGAGUCUCCUCGCUGGCUCCUCCUCUCUGAGAGAUCAGCUGAUCUGAAUUCCUUCAGUGAAAGAAGAGAUAGAGGGAGGGAUGACGAGAGCUUCACAGAGCUGGACUCCGAGCUAUCUCCCUCUACUCGCCCACACCUGUCCUUCCCAGAGCUCGUACACAGCAGGAACAUCUGGAAAAAUAUAUGUGUGCUCGGCUUCACCUCGUUCAUUUCCCAUGGCAUUAGUCACUGUUACAGCUCGUUCCGCGGUGAUGUCAGAGGCACUGCCCCCAGCUUCUAUUGGACCUAUCUACUCUCUGUCUGUGCGGGAGGAGGGGCCUGGCUGUUGUUAUGGGCAACCGUGAACAGGUGUGGUCGACGUGGUAUCCUGCUCCUCGCCAUGACGAUGACGGGGCUGGCAUCUCUGAUUCUCCUCGGACUGAUGGAGUAUCUAAGUGAGGCGGCCAUCACUGUGUUCUCAGUGAUGGGUCUCUUCUCCUCCCAGGCGGCUGCCUCUCUUUGUGUCCUCUUCACAGCAGAGAUCAUGCCCACCAUCAUCAGGGGCAUUGGCGUGGGCACGGUGUUGGCCCUGGGCUGUGUGGGUCGGCUCACCUCGCCGCUCAUGGACCUGCGCAACCACUAUGGCUACUUCCUUCACCAUGUGGUGUACUCCUCCCUGGCUCUGCUGGCCGUGCUCUCCAUCCUGCUUCUGCCCGAGAGCAAGAGGAAACCGCUGCCCCAGACGCUGGCCGACGGGGAGCAGUACCGACGCCCCUCGCUGGGCCGGAGGAGGAGGGACAACGUGCCCCUGCUGGCCACCCCCAACCCAGAGACAUAGCAUGUCAUAACGCCAGCCCAGAGUUUCAGCAGGUCGCGGAGAGGAAGAUGGAGAGGGACAAGAGGGUCAGCUGUCUGCUGAAAAUGGUUGUGCCGAGCCAAUGAAGGAGGGUGGUUGAAGGGACCCCCACCCCCCUCACCUUUCCCAUAAGGCCUGUCUGUCAGGAAAGGGAGCAGAUGCUUUCUGCCCAUGCUCCCGACUGCCACCAUCAGAGAGACCCUUUUGAUUUGUGUAUUAUCUGGCAGAGUAUGGCAUCACACACAGCUCACGGACGCAGAGGCAGGUAUGUUAUGGAAACGGUCCUGUAAAUACCUACAACUUAGUUUCUUUAACUUUAUCAAUGCUAGGUUAUCUAUUUAUAAAAAACAGUAGGAGUUUUGUUUCUGGAAGUUUUUGGAAGGGUACUUUGUAUUGUGCAAAAACAUCAUACUAAGACAAGAUGAGGGCAAUUUUGUCUACUGCUCUUAAAGACAUCGGGGGAAAUUAUAUUGAUUGAAGAUUCUUUGAGCAAACGUUACACUUGAGGGUAGUUUGGUGAAACUUUGAACUUGCAUUAAAUAAAUACUAAUAGGCUCCCUCCUCAAACCCAAGAGUCAUUACAAUCAGAGGCAGGUAUGUUAUGGAAACGGUCCUGUAAAUACCUACAACUUAGUUUCUUUAACUUUAUGAAUGCUAGGUUAUCUAUUUAUAAAAAACUGUAGGAGUUUUGUUUCUGGAAGAUUUUGGAAGGGUACUUUGUAUUGUGCAAAAAACAUCAUACUAAGACAAGAUGAGGGCAAUUUUGUCUACUGCUCUUAAAGACAUCGGGGGAAAUUAUAUUGAUUGAAGAUUCUUUGAGCAAACGUUACACUUGAGGGUAGUUUGGUGAAACUUUGAACUUGCAUUAAAUAAAUACUAAUAGGCUCCCUCCUCAAACCCAAGAGUCAUUACAAUCAGUUGAAUAAAAAAAGAUAGAGAAAGUGACAUUUAAAUAUACUGUAGUUCCUCAGACUUGGUUGGAUGUGAUGAAAUGAUAUGAAUUCAAUUUCCAGAUGUGAUUUGGAGCCAGUACUGUUUAUGGGUCAUUCAUCUUGAUCGUCUGGGCUGUCAGACCUGUCUUCCUCUGGGCUUCACUGAAGACAUAGGGAGUGUGCCUGUGCAUUCAGAGCUGAACACCUUGGGUAGAUAGAAAUGUAUGGUAGAAAAUGGACAAAUUUAUAUAUUAUAUCAGUUCUACGCUAAAUAUUAUUGUGGGGCAAUGCCCUGAAGAGUUUGCAGCAUUGAAUUAUAGCCACGCCCAGAAACCAGCCCAAGCCCCCACCCCUUAGGCACUGAUCUGAAAGGAUUGGCUAGGUACAAACAAUCCAUCCAGCUUAUCAGGCGGCAUGGUGAAGCUAUUACGAUAUUGCUUAUACCUUUCUGAUCCUUUCAGAUCUCCACAAGCAUCUUGGACCCUAGGCUAGGGGGUAAGGCCUAAGGGCUGUUUCCAGACCUGGGCUAUUCUCUUUUUAGAAUACAGGAACUCACUAUAAUAGAGUGAUGGUGACGUGCAUAACAGGCACCUUGUUGCCAGGAUUUGGUACUGUAUGUUUAUUUGAAACAUUGAGGACCUAGCUGUUUGAUGUUUUUUUUUGACAGGUUUUUGACUGGAUCUGCUCCAGAACCUUCUCUGGGCAGAGGUGUGUGUGUGUGUGUGUGUGGGGG